GGCGGAUAGACGAUUUUUACUGAAACGUAUUUUUCAAAUAAUGUUAUAUAGUUGACCAGGUGCCUCUCUAAUUUAAGUACAUGAGAAAAAUAAAGAAUAUUUUUACUUUGAUAAUUAACAUAAUUCCUUGAACGAAAGUAGCGAAAAUUUAUUGAAAACGGUAUCUAAAGUGUACGAGCACUUUGCAAACUCGUCGGGAAUGUGAAACGUUAAGUUGUUGUAUGAUUACAUGUCCAGUUGUAUAUCACUUUUAAAAACAAAUUCAUCUUGAUUGAGUGCAUUGUAAUUCCAUAACAUAAAUAAAAGAGAGGAAAAAGAAGGUAGGAAGAAGGAAAAAGUAAAUAAAGAAAUAGCUGAAGAAAAAGCUGAUAUAGAAGGGGAUAAUCUAUAAAGAUAUUGAAUGUCUAUAAAAAUACGAUUCUUAAAAGAAAUCAGUAAGCAAUCCCAAUCUUAAUGUUCAUGUGAUACAUUAGUAAAAGUGCGAAAACCCUAUCGUAAUUUUUGCGAAAGUUCUUUGUAGACAUUCAUUUGUGAUGAGAUGAACGAAGUUCUACUAUUGUAACUCUUUGAGAAACAAAAAUUUGUAGAAUGGCUUCUGAUAUGCAAUCUUUCUCGCGUAUGCUGAAAUUGCUGAGGGAAAAUAGUAAUAUUAAGGAGAAACGCGAAGCUUUAACCUAUAUUCGCAGUAACAGCAAAAAAUUAGAAUCCACAAAAAUUAUUAAAGAAGAGCAAUACAAGGAUUUAUGUGGACUAAUUGUAGAUGCAUUUGUAAAUGGAAAUAAUGACAUACAGAAUGAGGCAUAUGAAACAUUAAAUAUAAUUAUUCAGGAAUUUAAAAAUCAUACUUUGAAUUUAUUUGAGACUAUGUCAAAAAUAAAUAAAAAAAAUAGAUUAAAAAUUCUCAAAUUAUUAGAUAUAGUUGAAGACAAUGCUGUAUCAGUAUUUGCUUAUGACCCAUAUAUUGUAAAUUUUUUAAAUAAUUGUAUGUCUACAAUACAAACAGAUAUAAUGCCGUGGACAGCACCAAAUGCAUGUAUAGAUAAUCUACAAGCAUUGAUAGAUGCUGAGAAUAAAUCACUAUCAGAGUACCAAAGAUUAGAAGAAGAAACAAUUAAUUAUUGUAUAACUCUAUUAAGGAGAUUAUACAAAGUGGCUGCAAUAACAUCAGAUAUUAAAAUUAACAGGUUUAAUGUGCUAUUGAUGGAUAAAGUAAUGUUAUUAGCUUAUAUGGGUCAUAAACGACAACGUGGUCCUGCUUUAAAACUUUUACAACAAGCUUUAGCAACAAAUAUGAUAUCACAUGUUCGUACUAAACUAACAUCUACAUGGAAUCAAUAUGUAGCAACAUUACAGUCUACAUACUGCAAACGUAUGUUACUUUUAGUAUCUGCAUGUGAAUUAGAUUGGGCUACACAAUGGAAUGUUAGUAUUCAGUUUCUUGGUGUAGACCUUCAUCGUGGUGCUGGUUUAAUAAAUAAUUUAUUAAGUGUUGAAGAAAAAGCAUUUAAAUCUACAGAUACAGUUACACGCAGGCAAGCAUUCCUUUCAUGGAAAUUAUUGGUAGACAAUUUUGCUUUAGAUCCACUAGAACUUGCUACUCCCAGACGAAUAAAGUUAUUAUGUAUUCCACUGAAUGCUAAAAACAGUAAAACUGAAUUAAUAGCAUUGACAAAAUUAGAAGUCUGGUGGCACGUGAUAAUUAAGCUUUAUAAAGACAUCUCUAAAUUUGUUAAUCCUGUAAUUACACAAUUCUUAAAUUUUUGUUUUGGACCUCUUGGAGAUACACCAUUAUUAUCGUCAAAGUUUGAUGUAGUUGCCUCACCAGGGAAAAGAUUUUUUAAAACAAAAAUUGUUUCUAUGGAUGUUUUAUGUCAACUUCUUGUCAAAAAACAAGAGAAUCAUACUACUCAGAUUUUGGAAGAAAGACUUCCACAUCCUAUAUCUGAUGCUAUCUUUCAAGAGUGUUACAAAAGUAUAAUUCAUAGCGUAGGAGAAGCUUUGCUUAUUCUUAGUCAACUUACAGAUGCAGAAAUGAAAAACAGAUAUCAACUUGGUAAAAUAUUAUGGACAAGCUUAAUAGCUUACAUACAAGAAUCAAAAAUAGCUGUAAAGGAGAAUAUGUAUAAAGAUAUGAUACAGGUUGUUAUAGAAUUAACAAAUCAUGCUGAAAAUAAGCCAAUGAUUAAAGAUUUAAUUCUUGAUACAAUCUUAUUUGAAAUUGUUGAUUUGAGUGCAAAUUUUAAUUUUCAAGAUGACACAUUAUCAAAAAUAGUAUUUAGACUUCUACAAAUUUCAAUUUUAAAUAAUGCUGAAAAGAAACACUAUAAUGCAUUAAAAUGUUUCUUCUGUCAAUGUAUUAAGUCUCAAAAGAAAAAUAUAUAUUACUCACAUGCAUUUGACUGUUUGAAAGAAAUGCAUGAGAAAUUAUAUGUGCUGUCAAAUGCAAAAGAUAAAACUGAAUUUAUUAUUUUUGAAUUGUGGCUUAUUUUAGCAGAUGUGUUAGAAAAAUAUAUGACUGAUAUGCAAGGGCUGAGUAAAGCAAAUACUACAGAACAGUACUUAAAAACUGUUGAAUCCAUUAUAGUCUUUCCAUUUAGAUAUAUGUAUUUGGAGGACCAGAAACAGAUUCAAGAAUUAACAACGGUUUGGAAAUGUUUGUACAAACAAUUCAAAUUGCAACCAGGCAUAUCACCUGAAAAAUCUAAUGAAAUAUUUUUAAAUAUUGCAAAUACUAUGCAACUUUGUUUAAAAAGAAAUGAAAAAACUUCUUAUCUUAUUAUGAAUUGUUUAGAUACCUUGCUAAGUACUAUCAAUUAUAAACUUGUACUGGAGAAUACAAUCAUUCCAUCUAUUAUAAAUCUUAUUAUGGAUCUUGUUACUUAUUUUUUAUCUAACAAAAAAGCUAAAGAAAGUGAACAUAUUCUUAAAGCAUUGACAGCAGUAAUUAUUACUAUCUAUGGAUAUAAUCCAGAAAAAGUAAUACUAUAUUUACAAAUUUGUAAACCUGCAAUUGAACUUAUUCUUCAAUCAGAGUACAAAGAGGUAGUCAAUACAUGGGAAAGUAUAAUUAUUAUCUUUAAAGGACUUGGUAAAUUAAUUAAUUAUGAUCUUUUAUCGUCUUACAAAAAACUAAUUAUUCAAGCACUAAAUCAUACAAAUCAUGAUAUACAAAAUCAAACAACAUCUCUCUUUGAAUUAAAAAGUGUAUUAAGUGAUAGUUGCAGAUUAGUAUUGGAAGAAAUAGAAAGAGAGAUCAGGAAAAAUAAGAUAUUAAAUGAACCUGAAAUUAUAAAAACUGAUAAAAUUGAGAAAUCACAGAAUCAAGUAAAAAUGGUUAGCUUUUUAGAAUUUAGUAAUCCAAAGACAGUAAUUAAUGAAUCGGAUAAAACUAUAGAAAAAAAUAUUCAAAAGAAAACCUCGAUUGACACUGAUUCACAGGAUUAUGUUUUUAUUAAAACAGAUUUAAAAUUUGAUGUCAAUCGCUUGACAGAACACCAAAAAGAGUCUUUAAAACGUAGGAAAGAAGAUAUUGCAGCCUUAUGUAACGAUUUGUCGCAAUCUUCAUCACAAGAUACUCAAAAUUUGCAAGAAUGGUUUAAUAAAAAAAGUAAAAUUUUAGAAGAAGCAGAUAAAAGUUAUAAUAAAAAUGAUAAUAUUUCGAUAAAAAGUGUAUUAGACGACGAUGCAAAUAAAGAAAAUAAAAUUGAAGUGAAAGAGUUAGAAGCAAUUAGUAAAUCAAGUGUUGACAAUGAUACAAAAUCAGAUAGCGUUGAACAAAAUAUACCAUCAGAAUCUAUGCAAAAAGUAAAAGAUAAUAUUGACAAUAAUGAAAAUUCGCUCGUAGAAAAUCAAAUGACAACAAUAGAAAAUGUUUGUGACAAUACAGAAACAAAAUCUUUAACAGAUUUUACAUCAAGAGAGUUAGACGCCAAUACUCAAGAAAAAUUAGAAGAAAAUAGAGAUGAACAAAGAUUAUCCCCAUCUAUAUUAGAUAAUAUUAAACGACGUAAUCGUUUUAAUGUUGCUAUAAAGUCUACUUCUCCAAAAUCAUUAAAUAAAUUUUUAACAGAAGAAAGUAUUAACAAUGAACCAGGACAGUCAAAUACAAUUAAUACUUUGCAAAAAACUUUAAGAACAAAAAUAACUCAAAGCAAAUCUGAAAUGUUUGAUAAACAAAAAACUUCGGAAAAUGUAGAAAAUAAACCAAUCAAAGAAGAAAGAAAAGGUAUUAAACGUAAAUCGACUUCGGAUAGCGAAAAUGAGGCAAUUAAUAUGCGUCAACGGAAGAAAACUUUAUCAAUUAGUGAUAGUGAAAGCUGUAAAUCUACAGAAAAAGACAAUGCAACAAUGAAUUUAAAUCCUAUAAUUGAUGAAACAAAUUUGAGUCAACGUACCAAGAAUGAGAUAUCACGAUUACGUAUAAAUAUGGUAUUUGACCAUAUUCCUUUAUCACGUAGCCGCCGAUCCAAGAUUUCUGAGGAUAAAGAAAUUACCAAAAAGCAACCAAUAGAAAAUAAAGCAAAGAAGGAAAUGAAACAAAGAGGUAGACCUAAAAAAUCAGAUAAAAUUAAAGUUGAAAACGUUGAAGAUAUAAGAAAGGAUAAAAAAACUGAAUUAGAAGAACAAAAGAAAGUCGAAGAAAUUGCAAGAAUAGAAAAUUCUUCAAGAAGUAUAUCAGAUAAUAAAUGCAAUUUAUUUGAUACAGAAAAAUUUACUGAUAAUGAAAUUAAUGAUAUUCAGCAUAUGAGAACUGAAAAUAAGAAUCAGAUACAAAAUGAUAUGGAAGAUAUAAUAGAAGAUUCUCAAAUAUUAUUUAAAUUAAAUAAAUUACCAAAAGUAAAAAUUGAAAUUAAUAAAAUUGAAGACUUGAAAAGUAUUAUUUUACAGAAUAAAAAGAGUCAAUUAGAAAAUGAAAAAAAGGUAGGAGAAAAGGUUCAAGAAAUAGAAAUACAAACAGAAGUUACUUCAAAAAGUGUAUCAGAUGAUAAUUGUGAUUUACAUUACAUUCAAAACUGUACUGAAAUUAAUGUUGAAGCAGUUAAUAAUAACAAAUCAAAUAACGAAGUAGAAAGUAUAAAUCAAGAUGUUAAAUCUGUUGUGGAAGAAAAAAACCAAACUCAAGAUGAUACAGAAGAUAUAGUAGGAAGUUCACAGAAAGAAUCAGAAUUAUUUAAAAAAUGUAAUGAAAAACAAUAUUUUAUUAAAAUUAAUAAACUUGAAGAUAUUUGCUCCUCAACGAAAUAUUAUGAAACUAUAGCUGAGGAUGAAGAAGUAGCUAAAAUUGUCUCAAACGAUUGUGAUAAUGACAAUAUUAAAGUUCCUAAAGAUAAUGUUAAGGAAUUUGAAGAAACCAAUGAAGUCAGUAUCAGUGAACCAAAGAUUUCGUCUCCAUUUAUUGAAAUUAAUUUAUUUGAUAAGGAAAAGGAUACUGCAUUUGAAGAGCAAAAAAUAAACGACGGAUCAACAUUGAAAUCCUUAUUUGAUUUAUCAUCGCCUAAAAGUUGUAUUAAACGUCAAGCAAAAUUUAAAACCUUUACAGCACAAGGGCGUGCAGCUCAUAUGUUAGGAUUAGUAACAAAACAGGCAAGAAUGGAAGCUGAAGGUAAUGUAACAAAUUCAGAUGAAGAACCUAUAACUAAAAAAUUGAAAUCCAAAGAUAUAGAUAAUGAUACGUUGCUUGGGAAAAAAGAACAAGGAUCUACAUUAAAAGAAGUUGAUAAAAUAACAGCAACAUGUAGUAGUAGACAAGAAAAAAUUUUUAGUAAUAUGAGGUCAACAGAUUACUGUUCUUCUCCCCCAAUAAAAUUAUUUUCUAAUUUGAAAAAUGACGGAGAAAAAAUUUUCUCAAGAGCAGAUAAAUCAGUAGAUUGCACAUCUGUACACACUGAGACUCAAACUGAUAAAAUAGAUGAAGAAAUUCUAUUUGAAACAGAUGAAUUGCCAAUUUUAGAAUGGUCAAGUGCAAAUCCACCUUCAUUAACUGCAUCUCCAAGUGCAAGUAUAUUAAAACGUCAACGUCAAUAUAUUCCAGAACCUGAUCCUGAGUCUGUAACUCCUAGUAAGAGAAAAAGAGUAAGCUUUGCGGACCCGCCAGUUUCCAAGGAAAUGGGAUAUGAGAUUACAUCUACUGAUUCGCCUCAUAAAAUUAAUAAAUUUGUUUCGCGUGGAUUAACAGUACGUAAGGAAUCGCCAUUAAAGUUAAAACAAAUUAAACAGAAAUCAAUAGACUCAGAUAAGUUGGAGAAAGAUGAAGAAAUUGAUGUGGCAAGUACAUCUGAAGUUGACUUACAGUGUGUAAGAGAAAAUGAAUUAUUAACAAAAAUAGCUGAAGAAUUAGAAUAUUCAGAGAAUGUCACAAUAGAUACUGAUGUGCAAACAUCGUAUAAUACUGUAGAGGAUAAAUCAACAAAUACGAUUCCUACAUCUAAUAAUAUUAAAAUUAAUAACUUAAAUGUUGAAUUUGAAAUUACUCAAGAUUCAACGUUUUCCGAAUAUGUAGAACCAAAUUGUAUAAUUAAAAGAGAUCAAAAUAAAAAGAAUGCACUUUCCGAAGUAUCAAAAGAUUGUAAUAUUAGUUUACAAAGCAAUAAAUUUGAUCACUUAGUGACGCAGGAAGAUAUAUUUACUGGAGCAGAGACAAGAUAUAAUAAUUCUAUUGAGAAACCUUCAGAUUUGAAGAGAACUUUAAAUGUUGAUACAAGUGUUACACAAAACACGUCUGUUAUAAAUAAUUCAUUAGAACUGCUCAAAUUCAAUGCUCAGAACAAUUCUAUAAUAGAACAUUCAUCAGAAAAACAUACUGAAAAUUUGGAUGAUACCGUAGAUGCAGAAAAUCUUACUGUGUUUAAUUCUUCAGUAAAUUCAGAUGAAAUUUUCUGUGGAAAGUUAAUAAGAACUAGUACACAAUCAACCGAGAAUACACAAGAAAAUAUUCAAGAACAAGAUACUUUACCAGUUACAGAUUCAGUAUUUGGAAGUCUACCUUUGAGUCAAGAUAGUCAAAAUACCAGCGAAUUUAACGUAGAAACUCCACAUCCAGAGUUACUUGAUUCUAUUCAUCCUAUAUAUCCUGCAUUAAUAUCGUGUAAAGAAUCUGUAUCAUCUAUCAUUGAUCAUUUAACUAAUCCUCUUUGGGUGCAACAUUUAUUUACGUAUUUUAAAAAUAGAAAUGUUCAAACUAUAGGAGAUCUCGCACAAUUAACUGAGCGUGAAGUAAACAGAAUUCCUGUAAAGGGUAGUUCAAAAGUUGAAUUUGUAAAAAGUAUAUUAAAAUGCUUUGAAAAAAAGUGUAGUGGAAAAAGAUUGGAUAACGCAGUAGAAGAUUUAGAUAAUGUUUUAAACAACGAAAUAUCAUGUCCCGUAAAUACCAAUGUGCCUGCAUCUACACCGAAAACAACGCCUCAAGAUCAGCAUGAUAAAUUAGCAACUCACAAUACACUAUUAAACCAACCAAGUUCGAGUAAAGUUUUUGAUAAUGUUGCUGUAACCAAUGCACUUAAUAUGUUUAAAAAACCAACAGAAUUCAUUUUAAAUGAAUUGACAACAGAAAUUAUUGCAUUAGAAGCGCCAAAUGUGACAUCUAUACAAAAUGCAAAUGUACCAUCUACGGUUGUCACUUCUAUACCAGAAAAUAUUACUGAAAAUUCUAAUGAUUUUAUUAGAAAUACAACACCAAUAAUGCAAGCAACAACAAAUGCAACCACUGGAAUUAGUAGUGAUUCUACUUAUUUAUUCAAAACUGGAGCAAAUAAAGCGACAAAAUCGGUUGCAGCACAAAUGGCUUUGGAAGAGCUUCUUGAUGAAAUCGAUGUUAAUUUAGUACUAGAAAGUGCUGUAAGAAGAUGCACCCCAGAAAAACUUCUUUUGCAUUAUAAGAACAAAAUAAAACAUGUAUCGCAGGAAUUGGAAAGUGAAACUAUUAGAAUGCUUGGUGGUGAAAAUAGAAAAAAUUCUAAUGAAGUAAUAUUGAAGGCGGCAUGCCGUGCUUGUGGAGUAAAUAAAGUUUUACUUCGACUUCCUGACAUUUUCAGUGCCGACAAACAAUUUUUCGUAAAAGUAUUUAAUGCGUACAGGAAAAAGAUAAAGACCAGUGAAUGUUUGGAUAUGCUUGAUUUCAAUGAGGUUAAGGAUACCGUUUAUGAAAAAUGUAUGUCUUCAGAACUUGCUGAAAUGUUAUCCAAGAAAUUGAAAGAAGAAGAGCAACAAGGAAUAAGGAAGCCUAUGACAGAGUUGUUAAAUUUGGAUGCUAUGUUGAAAAGAAUGCCAAUGGACGUAAUCAUUAGCCACACAGUGGCAAAUGAUGAAUUAAUACCACCGCGUGUUGUUUUGGACAUAGCUUUACAAAAUAAUAGUCCAAGUGACAUAGCGCAAGCUUUGGAAUCUCAAUCUCCUGUUGUCAUGGAGAAUAUUUUCAGUAAACUUUGGUCUUCCCAAUUUGCAGUCGAAUGUAUUGACAAAUUUUGUGAAUCUAAGGAAGAUUUAUUGAAGAUCUUUGAAGCAGUUAGUUCCAAGCUUAAUCGGGAAGAUCUUCUACAAGCAUUUUAUGAAUCCAUGAAUACUAAAUUUAUGGUAAAGCAAGAAAACUAAAACUCAAAAAAAUAAGAGUUUGUAUUUACUGAUCGUUUCAUAAUUUUCGUGUAUCAUAUUUAUUAUUAAUACUAAUUUGUAGUAUUAUUUGUGAUUGGCUCACAAUAAUAUGAUCCUCGACACUGACAUAUAUUAUAGUAUUUUCUUUUCAUAUUAAAUUUUACGGAGAAAUCUGUCAGUAGGACUAUGUUAUAGUACAGCAUUUAUUAGUAACUUCGUGAAAGUAUUUAAUUUUUGCUUUUGCUAAAAUUAUGUUGAAUGUCAUCAUUAGAUAUGUCUAUUAGAUUUAUUAUAUAUUCUUAUGUAAUAUUUUCUUUUUCGUUAUAUAUGAUUAGUUUCAUUGAAGUAGUAGAUAUAUCAUUUUCUAUAAUUUUUACGUUUGUCCUAUCUAUUAUGCAAUAGCUUCAGUCAUGAUAUAAUUUUUAUUGACAAUCUGUAACUUCAAUUUUGGAAAUGAAAAAGAUAGUUAUAUGUACAUAUACAUGUAAUACAAUAAAGUAUUUACGCUUUCAUUAAUAGAUUAAAGAAAUAUCUUUCAUUUCAAGUGCUGGUUAUACCAUUUUUUAUUUAAAUGUGUUCAAAGGAAAGUAUUCUAAUUCCACUUAAAGUAAACUGAGAAAUGAAAAGUAAAAUUUACGUAUAUCCAUUAAAUAUGCUACACACAUAAUGUCUAUUAGCCUUAAAAGAUAUAAUGUAAAUAUUACGUAUGUAUAUUAAAAUAUAAUAUUAAUUGUAAAAAAAUACCAAUAAUCAAUUUGCUAUGAUUUUACUGUUGUUAAUCUAUUUAAAUAUCAUAGUCGAGGAUCAGAUAUGAAUACUUGCUUUAGUUAGAGAAUAAGACAAAAACAAAUCUAAAACAAAGUUUAAAAAAAAUGUACUUGCUUUAAUUUAAAAGAAACGUCAAUUCAAACAUUAAAAUAUUUUACACAGACUGUUACUUCAGAGAUUAUACGUUUAAGUAAUCUUUUUUGUGUACAAAAAUAAAAAAUGUAUUUUAUAAGUAGUCUUUUGCAAUUGCUUGUGUUGAUAAUUGGAAAAAAAAGAACAAUAAUUGCAUGAAAUGAUUCAAAUGUGAAUUGACCAAAAGGCAAACUUGUUUCUAACUUUUGCGUAGAGUUGAAAAAGUGAAAAAUUAAUUACUGAUAUUAAAAAUAUUUUAUACAACAGAAUUCAUGAAAUCUCAGAUUAUUAACCAUGUCUCCACUGUAGUAAGAGUCAAUUAUGUUAUUAGAUGCUGCAUUAUUUUUUAGGAUGUCUAUGAAUAUAUAUUAUAUAACACUUCAACAUUAUAUGAUCUAUGAACAAGAAAAUUAUUACAUUUAACCAUUCAAUCAUUCUUAUGUGAUUGUCAAUCAGUUAUUUCCUCUCGUACAAAAAUAAAUUCAUUCGUUUCAUUCAUUUGUUAAAUUCAUCUCCAAUCAAUAUUGUACAAGUACUAUCAAUUAAUUUUGAUUAAAUUUUUAUGUUGAGAUGUUAUAUAAUUUCAAGUUGAGUUUGUACAUAUGAGAUAAAACAGACUUAUAUUCGUCAUAUCGUUAUAACAGUGAUAGAAAAAGUAAAUAAAGAAAAAUGUAAAAAAAAAGAACAAUAUUAUUGAACAAUAUAAUUAUGAAAUUAAAGAACAAUAUAAUUAUUAUUCACUAACAUUUACUAUCAAUUGUAAGAAACGAUAAGCUUUAAAUAUUAGAAAUAAGCAUUUUUAUAAUGUCUUUUAGAUAUAAUAAUAACAUGCUAAUCGUUAUAAGUGCAUGUUAAUAUCGAUGUGAGAUGUACGAGUGCCUCGAACAAAUAAUCAUACAUUUUCGAAGAUGAUGUUCUCAAAACCAUGUUGUUUUGUUUUACAAAGAAAAGAAAAAAAAAAAUACAACAAUGAUGAUAAUAAUUUUUUGUUAUUGAAAACUUGCAGCUAGAGUUAAAUUAAUAUGUGUUCACGAUAAGUCUAUUUUUUUCGUAUAUCUCACAAGUUAAUAUCUUAAGUAAAUGUUUAAAGAGUCUGCUCCUUUCCAAUUAGUAGUAGGUUCUUUGAUGAAGAUGAAAUUCUUUUUUCACUUUUAUUGAUUAAACAAUUAGUUUUAGAAUUUAGUUUUCGAAAAGCACGUUAAUUUUUUAAGAGAAAAUAUGUGAAGAAAAAGGUAGAGAAAGAUUACUUCAAUUUAGGAUUAGGAAUAAACAAUUUUGCUCCACAUGUGCAUCCAAAGAAUUCUAAUUUACAUAGUGAUUUGCAGUUUUUAAAUCGUCACGAUUUGUUAAUUGGAAAUAUCGUUUGUGAUAAUGAGUUAUUUAUUUGUAUGAAUGUUAAAUUUAAAUUAUUGGUAGAAACUGCACUUUAUUUAAUUUGUUCGAAAGGAGCUGUACACUUCUGCUGUAGUGCAUUAAUCAUACAUGUGUAAACGAUUUUAGUUAAAAGUUUCAACGCAAUACAUACAUAUAUACGUAGAUUUUCUUGGGUCUUAAACAAUACACAUAGUUAAUGACAAACUGUACGAUAGAUUGUACACGUAUCCAAUGUGUGACCUGUAAUAAUGAAUCAAUAUUUUAUACAAAUUGGUAAGAUACAAUAAAUAAG